AUGCUUUCCACAAUCGGAAAAAUCUGGGUUGUCGUUACCCUACUGUGUAUCACUGCCAUUGACGGUGAUCCAUGGUUUGGGGAGCUUAUCAAUGGAGCUCCCAAACCCUUUUUGUCAAGAAAAUAUGUAACCCCAGAAGGAGCUUUCAACUGGUGGAAGCACGUACAGAACGAAGGACGCCCCUACAGUUUCUUCAAUACAACAGUGCACAACCUGUUUCAGAUUUUUCCACCCACUCCACCUUUUAUAGAGUCCAGCCCCAGCCGCUGCAUUACUUGUGCUGUGGUGGGGAACUCUGGCAAUUUGAAGGGAUCACAUUAUGGAGCUCUGAUAGAUUAUCAUGACAUCGUAAUAAGAAUGAACCGUGGCCGUACCAAAGGCUAUGAAGAAGAUGUUGGGACUAAAACAACUCAUCAUGUGAUGUAUCCAGAGAGUGCUAUUAAUUUGGGCAACACCACUCAUCUUGUGCUGUUUCCAUUCAAGAUAAAUGAUUUGCUGUGGCUCCUCAGAAGCUUCACCCCAAGAGAAAACGGUCCUGUGAAGACAAUAGCUAACAAGGAUUUGGUGAUGAUCCUCAACCCAGGUUUCAUGAAAUAUGUUCAUGAAAAUUGGCUGGGAAAGAAGGGCAGGUAUCCAUCCACUGGCUUUAUGACUUUGGCUCUCAGCAUGCACAUGUGUGAUGAGGUCAAUGUUUUUGGGUUUGGAGCAGACAGAGAUGGAAACUGGAACCACUACUUUGAAGUGCUCAGAAACAGAAACUAUAGAACUGGACCUCAUUCUGGAACACAUGAAUAUGAAGUUAUUCAACAACUACAUGAGCGCAAGAAAAUCCAGUUGUUUAGAGGAUGGUAA